AUGGCGAAACGCAAGCGAGACGACGCUUCCAAGGAGGCGCAGAAGGCGGGCGUACCGACCAAGGUUGUCAAGACUGCGGCAAAGGUAGAAUUACCUCCCAAUGAUGGCCCCGAAACAACAGUUCAGAUCGUGACUGGCUCUUACGAACGAGUGCUUCACGGCUUCACGGCGGCGAUCCCAUCCAAUGCCAAGGAACUGCCAUCUUCUGUGCAAUUCGUUGAUACCUUCCUAUUCGAAGCCCAUGCCUCUGCAAUCCGUUGUCUUGCGGUGUCCCCGCUGUCCAAGACCGAGACAUCAGAACCGCAGAAGGUGAUUCUAGCCAGCGGUGGUACGGACGAACGCAUCAACUUAUACUCCCUGUCCGCCUCGCCUGUGGCAACGAACGACAGCUAUCCCACUGUGCCAACCCUGGCAGGGAAUAAGAUCCUCGAGAACCCUAAGAAUCGGGAGCUAGGCUCCUUGCUGCAUCAUUCCGCGAACAUCUGCGCCCUGCACUUUCCUUCGCGGUCAAAGCUGUUGGCAGCGGCAGAGGACAAUACCAUCUCAGUCACGAAAACGCGCGACUGGACCGUGGUGUCCACCAUCAAGGCACCUCGUCCAAAGGUCCAGGGGAGACCCAGCGGAGACACUGCGCCUCCUGGCGGUUCCCCAGCUGGCGUCAACGACUUUGCAGUGCAUCCUAGCAUGAAGCUCAUGCUAACCGUCGGUCGAGGAGAGAAAUGCAUGAGACUCUGGAACUUGGUGACAGGAAAGAAAGCCGGUGUACUGAACUUCAGCAAAGAAAUCCUGCAGAGUGUCAAAGAAGGGAAAUGGAGCCCCGGUGAAGGGAGGAAGAUCGAGUGGAAUUCGGAGGGUGAUGAGUUCGCCGUGGCAUUCGAGUGGGGAGCCGUGAUAUUUGGAACAGACUCGAUCCCCAUCUGUAGGGCCCUGCCAAGCCCUCGGAGCAAGAUUCACCAGAUCAAAUACGUUGAUAUUGGCCAGUCCACCGAAAACAAAGUUGGAUUCCUUGCCGUUUCUACAGAAGAUGGCCGCGUCAUCUUCUACUCUACAAAGAAAGUGCAAAAAGCCGCAGACGAUGACGAAUCCCCUAUUCCCUACGCGGAAGCUGUGGCCUCACUUGGGGGCAAGCAGGCUGAUCUUCCUGGAAGAGUGAAAGACUUCGAAAUCCUCAAGCUUGACAGUCCUUCCGAAUCUAACAAGGACGAGUUCGUCGUCGUCACUGGAGGCAGCGAUGGGACUGUUCGCCUGUGGUUGCUUGAUGGAGCUGAACUCCAUGAUAAGAAGGCCUCCACCAAAACACCCCAGGUCGGGAAGCUUCUGAACUCUUAUGAGACGGGAAAUCGGAUUACUUGCCUCAAGGCAUUUGUUAUGCUGGCGCCUGAAGAUCCAUCGGCGCUGGAUUUCUCUGAGGAUGAGCUGGAGAGCGACGAGGCUGAGGAAUCCGCCAGCGAGGAGAGCGAUGACGAGUAA